UCUUUUUUUAAACAAAACUGGUUGAAUGUUGUGCCUUUUUAUCUGAGGACACUUUGUAUUUAGUUUGUGCAGAGCUCACAUUUUCCCUUCUGAGCCUCCGUGCUGAGCCCCUCUGUUACUAUUACCAUUCUCAGGCAGAAUGUCUGUUGCUAGUAUAGCAACUGAAUUUAUUUUAUCUGAUUCCCUUAUCAGGGAACCGAAGGAUUCAAAAGCUAAAGGCUUGCGCUUAGAGCUGGCCACUGACCGAAUGAUUAAAUUUAUCUCCGUGGGACUUCCUCUUCUUCUGGUUUCAGCUGCAUUGGCAAAAGAAAUCUCUCUUCGAUCACAAAUAACCUGUUUCCCACCCAGUAACUUCUCACUGAAGCAGGCCGCCUACGUGGACUUAUACUGUUGGGAGACUCUGCUCCACCAUCAACUCCACCCCAACAACAACAUGCAGACAUCACUCUGGAUUCAUAAGGUGUUUCCAUACUCUCUUCUUGCCAUUGGUAUGACCAUGUACCUUCCUAGUUUAAUCUGGAAAGCCUUUGUUACUCCAGUUCUGACUGCAGACCUACUUUUUAUUAUCGAUGAGUUGGAUAAAGCUUACAAUCGAUCAAUUAAGGUGGUUCAACUGAUUCUGAAGAAAUAUGAGAACAACCCCAAUGCCAAGAGUCUGAUCCAGGAGGAACUGGACAGGGCUCGGAGGGAGAAGCUACUUGAGUUCCCACUCCUGCAACGUUACCUUGCCUGCAAGAAACGCUCCUAUUACUACAUCUGCAUGUACUACAUGAGACAGCUGCUCUUGCUGGUGUUCAUUGCUGCUGCGUGCCUCUACCUCAUCUAUUGCCACUUGCCUGCGUUUUUCUUGGAUCAGUUCAGUUGCUCCAUUAAAUCAGGACUCCUGACCAGUGACUCCAAUAUUCCUGCUGUGAUUCAGUGUAAGCUAACCUCUUUGACUAUAUUCAAGAUGAUCAGUGUGGUUAAUGGCAGUGUUUACCUGCUCUUAGUCCCCAUGAUCAUUCACAAUCUCCUGAAGCUUUGUUACUGGGAUAAACAAUUUCUGGCUGUAUAUCAGAUGCUUCCUGCGUUCGACCUGGUCAGUAAGAAGAUGCUGGGCUGUGCCCUGAAUGACCUCAACAUGAUUCUCCAUUUUCUGCGUACAAACAUUAAUCAGCUUCAGUCCUUCAGUCGCCUGUCAGUCCUGUGUAUUGCGAAGGAUGUGAGUGCAGGAAGGAAGGGCCACACGCUGGUUGAUAUGAUGGCACUCCUGGUGGGAUUGGGAACCUAUGAAGGUGGCAGCUGUACCAAUGCGGGUGGUGGAAAUGGGCCACCCGGACUUCAGCAACGGAAGUACUUAGGUCCUCAGGGCCACCUCCAAACAAGAGAAGCCACAGACUGGAGCUGCAGUGGCCCCCAGAGCUCCUCAAGUUGUUGAGGGAACAACAGUGACAACCAGAGAUCACAUUAGUUCUCAAAAAUGUAUUUGUAAUAAAACUAUUAAAGC